GUGUUUUCACUUUUUAGAGUUAUUUUGUCACUGAAAAGGGCAUUUUAUGAGGUUUUCUUUAAGAAAGGAGUCGAUAUAAAAACGUUUCAAACAAGGGCAGGGGCCUGGGCAGUUAUUACGGGGGCGUCAGAGGGAAUUGGCCGUGAAUUUUCACUUCAACUUUCUAGAUAUUGCUUUAAUGUAGUGCUUAUUGCGAGAUCAAGAGAUAAACUUGAGGCAUUGUCGAAAGAAAUAGAGGGGCUUUAUUCAGUAAAAACUAUUGUCCAUAUUAUGGAUUUUUCAACUGCAAAUGAUAAGGAGUAUGAGACUUUAAAGGAAAUUAUUCAAGAUUUAGAUAUUAAGAUUUUGGUAAAUAAUGUUGGAUUAUCACAUAAAAUGCCAACGCCGUUUUCAUUAACUACACCGAAAGAGAUUCAGGAUAUUACGACGAUUAAUUGUAUCGCGACACUUAAAACAACGAAUCUUAUUAUUCCUGGGAUGAUUAGGAGAAAAAGCGGUCUUAUAUUAACAAUGGGCUCCUUUAGUGGAAUAAUGCCUAUUCCUCUUUUAGCAACAUAUUCAGGAAGCAAAGCGUUUUUAACGACAUGGAGUCAAGCAUUGGCAGAAGAAUUGAAACAUGAUGGUAUUACUGUUCAGAUAAUUAAUUCAUAUUUUGUUGUUUCAUCUAUGUCAAAAAUAAAGAAACCAUCUUUUUUUGUUCCUACUCCUAAGCAAUUUGUAAAAUCAGUGCUUAGUUCUAUUGGUUUACAAAGAGGAGCAGCAACUCCUUAUACUAUGACACCAUAUCCUUCUCAUUCUAUUUUAAAUUGGCUUUUAGAGAAUGUAGCUUUCAAAUUAAGUCGUUCACUUAUUCUUAAACAAAAUUUUAAAGAACUUGAAAAAAUUCGAAGGAAAGCAUUGCAAAAACUAAAUACUGAUAGUAAAUGAGAAGCUGUAAAAACACCAUUGUGUUAUUCAGACAUAUAUAUU